AUGAACUUAUUUCUCCUACUGAUGAGUCUUUAUCUGCUUGGAUCUGCCAGCGGAGCAUCAGGUGACCCUGAUAAGCCCCCUGGCUCUGUGGUUCAUCAAGCUGCAGUUAAGAAAUUUUCAGGCGAGCACACCGCUGUGAGUGAGCAUGUUGCAAGUGAACACUCCUCCAGUGAGCAGCCCUCCGACGAACAGGCUUCCAGCGAACAGGCCUCCAGUGACCAGGCCUCCAGUGACCAGGCCUCCAGUGACCAGGCUUCAGGUGAACAGGCUUCGGGGGAACAGGCUUCAGGUGAACAGGCUGCGAGUGAACAGUCUUCGGGUGAAGAGGUUUCGAGUGAUUCAGGAAGCCCCGCAGUAGAUUGCCACACAUGCUCUUAUAUGAACGAUGCAGGAAAAUGUCUUCGUGGAGAGGGUGUCUGUACCACUCAGAAUUCCCAGCAGUGCAUGUUAAAGAAGAUCUUUGAAGGUGGAAAACUUCAAUUCAUGGUUCAGGGAUGUGAGAACAUGUGUCCAUCUAUGAGCCUCUUCUCCCAUGGAACCAGGAUGCAUAUCAUAUGCUGUCGGAGUGAACCUUUCUGCAACAAGCUCUAG